UCCUCUCUUUCUUUCCACCAUCUUUCCAUUCAUUCCUCCGCUCGCUUGCUUUCUUUCCUUCUCUCUCUCUCUCCCCCUCUGUCUCUCUCUCUUUUGCUUCUCUCCACCACCUAUUUUUCAAAUCAGAAACUACAGAUCCGAGGAGGUGUGGAAUCAGCAGUCAAUCAAGGCAUCAAAUCAAAUCAUCACGUCCACCAGGGGAGACGACGACGCAAGUCGUUAGUUCGAAAGGAGAAGUUGGUGUUGAGGGGGCGAUCUCCUCCGGUUGGCCAUCCAUCAAAUCACAGCUGCAGCAGCAUGUCAUCCUCCUCAGCCGCCUUUUCCUUGGACCACCUCUCCCCACCCCCCUCCGAGCACCUCUGCUACGUCCACUGCAACUUUUGCGACACCGACCUCGCGGUGAGUGUUCCCUACACCAGUCUCUUCAAGACGGUCACCGUGAGGUGUGGUCACUGCACCAACCUUCUCUCGGUCAACAUGAGGGCUCUUCUUCUCCCUGCCGCCAACCAGCUCCUCCACCUUAGCCAUCCCUGCUUCACCCCACCUCACCACAACCUUUUGGAUGAGUUACAGUGCCCACAUCCGAGCUUACUGCUGGAUCCAUCUCUACUGUGCAAUGGCAACAAUAGCAACGGCAGCCUCAUCAACAGUCCCACCACCGUCAACCACAGCAAUAGCAUCAACAGCAGCUGCAACGCUACGGCGCCCGUGAAAGGUGUCGAAGAAGAGCUUCCACGGACCCCAGUCGUCAACAGACCUCCAGAGAAGCGGCAGAGAGUUCCGUCCGCGUACAACCGGUUCAUCAAGGACGAAAUCCAACGCAUUAAGGCUGGGAAUCCCGACAUCACGCACAGGGAAGCCUUCAGCGCCGCUGCAAAGAACUGGGCCCACUUUCCGCACAUCCAUUUCGGUCUGAUGCCCGAUCAGGGUCUGAAGAAGGCCAGCGUUCGCCAGCCGGAGGGAGAUGAUGUUCUUCCCAAGGAGGGCUUCUACGCCACUGCGGCCGCAAACAUGGGGGUCGCUCCUUUCUAAGCCGCACUGCCACUGUUGUUAGGGUUCACUCUCCUUUGUUAACAAACCUUAUAACUUAGGGUUUUCUCUCUUCUUUUUCGUCCCUUUUUCUCUCUCUCUCUCUCUCUCUCUCUCUCUCUCUUGCUUUCUCUUUUCUUCUACUUGGUCUUCACGUCGAGUUAAUGGUGCAAACGCCUCUGCCUUUGUCUACAAACGUGUGUAUCUCAUGGACAGUUCAACUGUUUGGGAAGUGCUAUGUCUCUACUGUUCCCGUGUG